AUGAAUAAAAGUUACCGCUAUGCUUAUGGAGAAAUAUUGUUCGAUAUAACUUUCCCAUUGACGUUCCACGACCCUGCUUCAUUGCCGGCAAAUGUCGAGCUACAGGAUGGCAACGUGCUGGAGCCUUUCCCGAAAGAGUAUUUGGGAACAUACGACUUAGUACAUGUAAAGUUACUCUAUGCUGCGUUGACGAAGGACGAGUCACUUUUGGCUGUGAAGAACUUGAAAACACUGCUCAAGUCGGAUGGGUAUCUGUUCUGGUCCGAAAUAGAAGCCUACGGAUAUGCCAGUAACCCAUACUCGGCUGCCCUCCAUGAGUGGAAGAGUAUCGACUCCGCAGAGGCCGCCAACUUCGGACGUGAUCCUAUGUGCCCUGUCCUCCUACCAAGUCAAUUUUAA